CCCCAAACCGGUAGUGUUUUCCGAGGAGCCGUGAAUGUAGCACGAGGUUUGACAGCUAGACAACUAAACAUGGCGGCGGCUAGCCAGAGCAACCACUCAACACCUGUGUCCUUUAUUAUCGUGUCAGCAGCCAGGAAAUAACCAGGUCCGUUAAGGAUUCUCGGAAACAGACUGUGAGCAGUUGCCCUCUAUUUUCCGCUUUUCCUGGUUUAUCCCAUUGUUCUCCGGUAUGUGACGGCGCUUUCUGAGCUACAGAACGGACAGCCACAGAGUGAACGGACAUAACAACAGCGGGCUGAAGGCGGACCGUUUCUGUUUGGUUUGUUCACCUGUCUGCCGAUAUGUCUCGCAGCAGCAAAUCUCAGGCCUCUUUGUGAGUGGGCCCCUCUCUCCCUCCUGAUCCUCAGCCACCACUGAUGAUGUCAUCACCACCAGCAAAGCCCUCCACCCUCUCCCUCCCCUCUGGGUCUGAGCUGCAGCCCUUGACGGCCCUUGGCUCCAUGUCUGUGUCUUCCCUCCUGUCUGGGGAUUUAGACAAUGAAGGAGAUGGAGGAAGAGAAGAAGGGGAGGAGGAAGGGCUGGGAGACCUAGAAGUGAACCCAUAUGAUGGUUUGCCCUUCUCUUCACGCUACUAUGCCCUGCUGGAGGAGAGGAGGCAGUUUCCUGUAUGGAGGCUCAGGGAGAGGCUGCUGGAACAGCUGGAGAGCCACAGCAUGGUGCUGCUCAGUGCACCCAGUGGAGCUGGAAAAAGUACCCAGGUGCCACAGUGGUGUGUGGAGUAUGCUUUGUCCUUUGAGUUUUCUCAGGGCCUGGUGUGCUGUUCCCAGCCCUAUUCUGUGGCAGCAGUGAGUUUGGCCCUUCGUGUGGCCGAUGAGAUGGACCUCAGCCUGGGUCUGGAGGUGGGAUACAGGGUGUCUCAUGAUGACAGCUGUACACCCGACACCCUGAUCAGGUUUCUCAGUGACACUCUCUUGCUAGAGGAAAUGAUGUCAGACCCUCUGCUGCGUCAGUAUGGUGUUGUGGUGCUGGAUGAACUCCAGGAGCGCACUGUGUCCACUGAUGUGCUGCUGGGCUUGCUGUGUGAUGUCUGCCGCCAGAGGUCAGACAACUUUCGGGUGGUUCUCCUCACUCACCCGACACUGGCACCUCGCCUUUCUGCCUUCUUGGGACCCGGUGUCCCUCACCUCUCCCUGGACAGCCUGCUCACCACCACCAGAGACCAGGAGGAGGGAAAGGAGGACAGGAAUACUGCAGAGAUGAACGGGGUGGAGACAUUGUACAGGGAGCUUUCAUCAGGGAAGGAACCUGCGGCUGCUGCCUGUCACAUGGUUUUGGAUCUGCACAGAAGAGGAGAGGAAGGAGAUGUGAUGGUGUUUUUGGCCAGUCCUCAGGACAUAGAUGAAUGUAUGGGGCUACUGGAGAAGGAGUGUGCCGCUCAGAGUCCUCAGCUUGGUCCACUCAGGAUCCUCCCCCUCCAUGCUGGAGUGGGUCCACUGACCCAGCAGGUCUAUGAAUCUAACCCUGAAUCAUCUUUGCUGAGGGAGAAUGACACCUCUGAGGGUGUGGACGGCAGCUCGGUGCCUGGAGCUGGAGGCCCGGGUGUCAACAGGAAGGUUAUCCUUACGGAUAACCUUGCAGAAGCUUCUUUCUCCCUGCCAGCCAUUCGCUACGUCAUAGACACAGGCCUUCAACUCAGAACUGUUUACAAUCCACAAAUAAGAGCAAACUCACAGGUCCUGAUGACGAUCAGCAAACACCAGGCUGACAUGCGAGCACAAAAGAUCAACAGCCAACCUCCAGGGCUGUGUCUUCGCUUGUACCCCCAGUCUCUGUAUGAUGAUGGGAUGGGGGAGGCUCAUUGUCCGGGGGUGGUGGAGGAAAACCUCAGCCGCUUAGUGCUGUUACUAAAGAGGCUUGAUAUUGCUGACAUGGGACAGUGCAAGUUCUUGGACAGACCAGCCCCUGAGGCUCUGAUGCAGGCCUUGGAGGACCUGGACUACCUGGCAGCCCUGGAUGAUGAUGGCAACCUGUCUGAGGUGGGAAUCAUAAUGUCGGAGCUGCCACUGGAGCCACCGCUGGCUAAAGCCCUGAUAGCAGCCUGCGAGUACGACUGUGUCAAUGAACUGCUAACUAUAGCAGCCAUGCUCACAGCUCCAUCCUGCUUUGUGACGACAGAACCCAGCAAAGAGGAAGCUGCUGUCACACACUGGCGACCUCUAAUGCACACAGAGGGAGACCACAUGACUCUCAUUAAUAUUUAUAAUGCCUUCAUUAAGCAUAAUCAAGAUGAAGCAUGGUGCAGGACAAACUUCCUCAUUCAUGCUUCCUUACGAUUGGCUGUGGUGAUCAGGGCAGAGCUGCUGGAGGUGAUGCAACGAAUAGAGCUGCCUGUCUCUCCUCCUGCUUUCGGAUGCCAGGACAACUGCACGAAUAUCAAGCGUGCUCUCAUCUCAGGCUUCUUCCUCAAAGUGGCUCAUGAUGUAGAUGGCUUAGGUAACUACCUUCUGCUAACUCACCGCCAUGUGGCACACCUGCAUCCCUUUUCUUCAUAUUUGUGUCUUCAGCCCCGCCCCAGCCCUCCCAGCUGGGUCCUCUACCAUGAAUUCACCAUCUCCCAUGAUAACUGCAUAUGCAUCGCUUCUGAAGUCCACCCUCAGAUGCUUGUAGAGUUGGUACCUCAGUACUACCUGGGAAACCUGCCAUCAAGUGAUGGGAAAGAGCUGCUGAUGGAGCUGAGGCAGAGUCUGGGGCCCCAUGGUAAUGAGCCAGAUGAGCAUCGCAGGACUCAGAGAGACACUGACCGGAUGGGAGAGACUCGCACUGAGUCCAGCACUGAGCUCUGUGUUGUCCAGUGAGAUGACACUACAGGAGCUCAGGAGAUGACACUAAACACACAACUGUCACUUUAUUGUUUGAUCUGAGCUUUGGUACACUGUAUGAACUAGUCUGAAAUCUAAUUUGAGCUUCAGUCAUUCUGAUGUGUGAUUACAAAUGGACUUUACUGGGCAUUUGUGAUUUCUGGUAAAGGUGUUAAUAUAUCUUCUAUAGAGUGGCUUUGGAAAAUAUUCAGACUUAUUCAUUUUCUCAGUGUUUAGUUCUACUAUGACUUGACGUAAUUUUAAACUUUAUUUUUAGGGAUUUCUAUGUUUUUGUUUGAAUAAUUUUUCUAAAAUAGUCUCCCCAACUUAUCACUGUGUCAUUGAGGCUUGUCAUGUGGACAUUAAUGUCACAAAAAUAUAUUUUUAAAUUGAAAAAAAAUGUUGGAAAAAAAUGUCAAAGGGGUGAGAGUUUUGUUUUGAGAUUUCAGUUAAAUGCAUUGCAUACCACUUCAAUGAGUUUGAGACACUGUUAUUGUGUGACCUCUGGCCUCUGUGCAGUUGCUGCUGACAGAAGUGGAUGGAGGAACCAAUGGGUUCACUGUGAUGACACACUGCAGCAGCGAUGCACAGAGCUUCUAUUUUAGCAUUUUGAUAGUUUGGGUUUCCUGAAUUUUUGUUCAGCCUUUUUCCACUUUGUGUUAUGUUAUGUCCUAUUUAAACAGAUAUCUCAGUACAGGGUGAGUUUCAAAUAAAUGUUUUUUAAUGUUUUAAACAUCUCAACUGAUUUUUCACUUUAUACCUGCCUAAAGUAACUUCAGUUUUUGUCUGUAAAGCUAAUAAAUCUAUGCUGUAUAUGCUGUUUACACCCAAUUUCAGAAGACAUCAAGACAAAAUAAAUUUUAUUUUGUCAACUGACUUAUUACAUAUAAGCCUUUUGCAUCAGUUUUUAAAUCUGUUGUCUCUAAACUUUGGUAGAUUCUUCAAUCUGGUAUAUGUUUGAAUAAUGUUUUUUGCUUUAUGCCAC